AUGUCACAUACGCCAACAAAAAAAAGUGUUUUUGAUCGUAUUGGAGGAAAUUCUGCAUCACCUUCUGCACCGACUAAUACAAAUAAUAAAAGUACACAUGGUUUUUGUAAUUCAUUUAUUAAAAAUGGAUCAUGUCCAUUAGGUGAUACUUGUAAAUUUAUUCAUGAACAACCGAAUCUCGAUAAACAACCAGGAUUAAAAGAAGAACUUCGUAUUACAAAAACAAUAACCCAAGUUGUUGAUAUGGCAUCACCACCUAUAAAAAGUACUGUAACUAUAUCAAAUGAACAAAGACCUGUUGUUAUUUCAAAUUCUAUUCAAUCACAUCGAACUGUUAUUGAAAGUAUUACAACAUCAACUGAACAUUCAGAUCGUCGAUUGAGUAGUUCUGAUCGUAAACAAUCUCAAAGUCGUAGUUCCAGUUCGAAAAACAAAUCAUCAUCAUCAAAUACAAAUGAAUCAUCCAAGAAAAAAAGUUAUUCGUCCUCCUAUGAAAAUCGUCAUACAUCAAACAAAAAACAACGUACUAUGGAUAGUGAUUCAUCUGUUAGUUCCGCAUCCGAUUCUGAAUAUCUUCAUUCAUCACAAAAACAUAAAAAGAAAUCUUAUCAUUCAACAUCAUCAUCGAAAUCAAAAAAACAUCCAUCCGUAUCACCAUCAAAUCAUGAUGAUGAAGAAACUUUAAAUGAUCAAUUAUUACGACAAACACAAUCAUAUAAUCGAUCACCUAAACGAACAAUAGUUAUAACAAAACGAAAAAAAGAUGAAGCUAUUAAACGAACAAAUAAAGAUUCGAAAAGUAAAACACUUCCAGAUAUUGAAUUUCUUGGAUCAAAAAAAAUCAAAACAGAAAAAAAAUCUGUUGAAACAAUCCAUCAACAAACAGAAAAUAAUAAAAAAUCUUCGGAUAUUAAACGAGAAAAAAAAUCACCAAGUAAAUCAACAGUAGAUCAACAAAGACAUCAUUCAUCUUCGACAAAUACAAGUAGUACAAGUAUUAAUGAAAGAAAUAUACAAAUUAAAAGUGAAGAUACAAAAUCUCAAUCAAAUAAAAUACAGAACUCAUCUGAACGAUAUGAACGAUCUGAUCGUAAUACGUCACAAUCAACUCCACCUAUUGUUCAACUUUCUCCAACACCUCCAAUAGUAACAACAGCAACUGAAAUAUCUGAAAAAGAAUCUAUUGAAAUUCCAAUUGAAACUGAAAAAUCGGUUGUUGUUCAACCACCAUCACCAGUUUUUGUUAUUCUCGAUGAUGAUUCAAGUCCGUCACCAUCGAUUGAUAAAAAAGAUGUUCGACAAACAUCUACAACACCAGUAAAAAAAUCAAAUGACAAUGAUAAAAAUAAUUCUAAAACAAAUAAACGAUCUCGAGAUACCGAUAAAAAUCAUACGAAAGAAAAAAUAAAUGGAAAUACGGAAAUCAAACGUAAACGUCUCAAUGAUGGUAGUUCAAAAAAAGUCACAUCAAAUAGUAAAAGUAGAAAUGAUAGUCGAUCUACUACGAAUCGAUCGGAUGUUCGUCGUAAUGUAAAUACAUCGUCAAGAGAUGAUUCAUCGAGUCGGAAAUAUAAAGAAAAAUCUGAAGUAAAAUCAAAUCGAACUAAUGAAUCCAAAGAUCGAAAUUCAACAAAGUCACGUAAUGAUAAUAUUCGACGAGAUACAACACGAUCUUCAUCAGAAAAAAAACGUUCAAGACAUCGACAUGGAAAAGAAAAAGAUUUAGAAAAUGUUACCGAUUCUGAAGAACAUCUCGAUGAACCAAUUCUACCAAAACCAACGGCACUUGAGAUUUAUAUGUCUAUGGAUUGGUCAUCAUUAUCUCGUGAUAAACGUAUUCCAUUAAAUUCUCAAGUAACAUCACGUAUUACUCGUACUGAUCAUAAUAAUAAUAAUUUUAUUGGUAUAUCGGAACGUUUAUUAACUAAUGUACAAAAAGAAAAACUUAAUGAAUCUCAAUCUCAAUCAUUACCAUUAAGUUCUUUUAUGAAACAAUUACAAACAAAAUCAUCAUCACAAAUUAUUAAUUCUUGUAAUCGUAGAUUUGGUUCUUGUGCGAAAGAUAUGAUUGAUAUGAGACAUAAAUGGUUUACAAGAUCAAUUGAACCAGUUCAACAAUAUGAAUUUAUUAAUAAAGAACAUUAUCUAGCAUUUCAACAAGCUAUUAAUUGUUUAUUAGAUAAAACAUCAAAUGAUGCAUCAACUGUACAAAUUGAAACAACAACUGCUGAUGUUUUAUUAUCUUAA